GGUAUUCUACGAGCUUCUUUAUGGAGAUUUUACUGGUUAAGAAGCCAAAAAGGCCAAACCAUUUGCGGAAAAAGCUUCAAAGGUGGACUUGCUUUCUACACACAUGGGAAUAGUCAAGAAAAUGAGUCAUCGCCAGAGGCCCCUGCUUUCCAAUAAGCACUGACUGCCCUACACUGGAAAAUGGAACAGCUGCAGCUGCUUGACGACUGGAAGCUAUCCAAUCCAAUGAAAGAAACUCGGAAGAGUAGCUUAAAGCAAGAGAUUUUGGAGCUGCAGAAACAAUUGGAGGACCAGUUUUUGGUACGAAAUGCACUUGAGAAGGCUGCAGUGGGUUACUGGAAGACUCUUCCCAGUCAUUAUCAUCAUCGUCAUCAUCAUGUGUCUCAUGAUGAUGUGUUUAUCCCUUCGCCUGCCAAGGAACUGAUUAAGGAAAUAUCAGCACUGGAGCUUGAAGUUGUGUACUUGGAGAGAUAUCUUGUGUCUCUAUAUAAACAAAGGUGUUGUUGUUCCAGCGAGGCAGAGUCCCCUGAAUCUUUGAAAACAAAACAAGUUAGCCAAACCAGAAACAAUGCGGAGGCAGGAACAAAGGAAUUACCCCAAGCUGGGAAUUUGUUGCAGUUUUCAAGUAGCAGCAGCAGCAUCAGAAGAUGUUACUCAUCGCUAUCUCAUCGUUUCAAUACUGGUGCUGCUAUUUCUAGAGCCCUUGAUUCCCAUCACUCCCUUCCCUUGUCCUUGUUUGAGGAUGCAAGUUUGAACGGCGGCGGCGGUGGUGGUGGUGAUGGUAUGGAGAUCAGUCCAAAUUGGGUGUCCGAGGAGAUGGUGAAGUGCAUCUCCAGCAUAUACUGUGAACUUGCACAACCAAGCUCAAGGCUUGGAGCUGAAGGCUCAUCAUGUUCAUAUCAGUUAAGAGAAGUUGGAUGGAUGAGUAUAGAUGUCCACAAGAUACAACAUGUGCAGCAUAAGAUCCAGCACUAUAGGUCACUUGUAUCAAAGCUGGAAAGAGUAGAACCUGCAGAGAUGAAGCAUGGUGAAAAGCUGGCAUUUUGGAUCAAUGUCCACAAUUCGCUAGUGAUGCAUUCAUAUUUGGAGUAUGGCAUUCCAAGGAACCACAUUAGAAGAACAUCUCUAGUGCUCAAGGCUGCGUAUAAUGUGGGUGGUCGCACUGUUAGCGUAGAUAUGAUCCAGACCUCGAUCCUCAGAUGCAACUUACCUCGUCCUGCACAGUGGCUUAGAGUGCUCCUUUAUCCGACGAGGAAACUGAAGAAUGGAGAUGCCAAGAGACCAUACUCCAUCACAACCCCUGAACCUUGUCUCUAUUUUGCACUUUGUACAGGCAAUCAUUCUGACCCUCCGCUUCGAGUUUAUGGCCCGGAAACAGUUUUUGAGGAUCUCGAAGCUGCAAAGCAAGACUACAUCCAGACAUCAUUAACUCUACACAAGCAAAGGAACAAAGUGAUGCUUCCUAAGCUUGUGGAUUGCUUUGCCAAGGAGUCUCGGCUUUGUCCAGCUGCUCUAACCGAGACGGAGCUGGACCAUCUUCUACCUGCAUCCGUAAUGAACAGCAUUCGACGGAGAAUGCAUAACAAGCCGAUCUGCUGGGUUCCUCAUAACUUCAACUUUCGGUACUUGAUUUCGAGAGAAUCCAUGGGAGAUCCAGUUCAACCGAUUUCUUUCUAGUUUUUUUUUUUUGUCAUAGUUUGUUAAUUUCUAGGUUCAUGCUUGAUUCAACCAACUAUAUUUUUGUGGUAAAAUGAGGUAUUAGUUACAUUGCAAGUGAGAUGUGUAAAUGAAAUCCACAAUGAUUCUAGGUAAUAGUCAUGUUUUUAAUGUGUUUUAGGUUUGCAUAAAAGGGAGGGAGUUGUUGUAUCUCUUAAAAGUAUAUUAAAG